CGCCGCCGCCGCCGCCGCGCUGCUGCGGGGGCUCGGCGGCCCCGCCGCGCUCCACCUGGGCAACGCCAUGAGCCUCUGCGGGGCGCCGGCCGCCUGCGCCGCGGGGCCUGCGGGCGGCGGCGGCGGCGGCAGCAGCGCGGGGCUCUCGGCGGCGCGGCUGAGCCCGCCGUGGCUGCGGCUGCCCGAGGUGCCGGGCGCGGAGCCGCACCGCGCCAACGAGCUGCUGCUGCUGCCGCCGCCCGCCCCGCGCGGCCCGGCCCCGCUGCCGCAGCACCACGUCGUGUACUUCCCGGGGGACGUGCAGAACUAUCAUGACAUCAUGUCUUGCCAUCCAGAAAACUUUCAGUGGGAGCACUGGAGUUUUGAAAAUGUUGCUACCAUACUUGCUCGCCGGUUCCCCAAUAGCUUUAUUUGGGUCAUAAAGUGUUCUCGAAUGCACCUGCACAAAUUCAGUUGUUAUGACAACUUUGUGGCCAGUAACAUGUUUGGAGCACCAGAGCACAGCACUGACUUUGGAGCUUUCAAGCAUCUCCAUGCUUUGCUAGUUAAUGCAUUCAGACUCUCUCAGAAUAUUCUGCUGUCCCAGAAAAGUGUGCAUGGUGUCAGCAAGGAUGCAAAAAUAGCUGCUUGUAAAUCACAGCCGCAGUCUGUUCCUACAACAAAUGGCUGCUCAUCCACGGAAAGGGAGAGAGAUUGUGAAUGCUCCAAUAAUUCUGCUGUGAACUUCAUGAUACCGUCUGCUGUAGGUGCAGUGUCGUUUACUUUGAUUGGCUUCAGUAAAGGUUGUGUGGUUUUGAACCAGCUGCUUUAUGAGCUGAAGGAAGCUAAAAAAGACAAGAACACGGAUGCCUUCUUAAAAAACAUAAAAGCAAUGUACUGGUUGGAUGGUGGUCACUCGGGAGGAAGCAAUACUUGGGUUACUUACCCUGAAAUGCUGAAAGAACUUGCAGAGACAGGAAUUGAAGUUCGCUCAUGUUACACCGUACCAAGUGUUUGACACAAUGAGGUCAUGGAUUGGAAGAGAGCAUGAGAAAUUUGUACAGAUACUUGAAGAAUUUGGUGUGGAAAUAAAUGAUCAACUGCAUUUUGCUGAUGACGUUCCCUCCUUAGAUAAC